AUGUUUUUCAAACUGAAGCUGCUGAAGUUCACGCCGCUGUGGGCGAUGAUUUCCUUCUGGUUCGGGCUGCACUUGCUGCUGCUGUUUAUCAUUGCGCCACGCUUCUUCCAACCGGGUUCGGAAGAUUUGAGGGUGAUUCGCCACAAUGUGCAACUGGUACCGCGGCUGCCCGACCCAACCUUGCUGACGGCUGUUUUGGUCAAGCCCGAUGAGUACGUGAAGAAGGGCACGCCACUGUUUGAAUUCGACAAAAGCGUCUACCAAUACCGGGUAGAUAAUGCGAAGGCUCAAGUGGCGGCCGCCGAACAACACGUCCUUGUUCUUAAGGCAAACCUGGAGGCUGUCUCGCAACAGGUAGCCCAGGCCAAAGCCAACGAGCAGUUCGCCCAGCGGCAAGUCACACGGUACGAAGCCAUGGCAAAGGAAGGUGCCGGCAGCCAGCAAGACCUGCAGCAGUGGCAAGAUCAACUGGUCGUCAAUCAGGCCGACAUUCAAGUUGCCUUGGCAAACGAGAAGAAAGCGAAACUCGAGUACGAAGCUCAGAUUGAUGGCGUAAACACCAAGGUGGCCGAGGCCAAAUCGGUUCUACAAGAACAGGAGUACUACCUGGGGCAAACCACCAUUCACGCGCCGGCCGAUGGUUAUAUCACUAACUUACAAGCCCGGCCUGGUCUGGUCGUGGGUGGAAGACGCAUCGGCGCUAUUGCCAGCUUCAUCUGCGAGGAAGAGCCCUAUAUUUUGGCGACCUUCUUCCAGUCGCAUCUCAUGUAUGUAAAGGAAGGUCAGCCGGUCGAGAUUGCGCUGGACACCUACCCCGGGCAGAUCUUCGAGGGUGAAGUCGAAGCGGUGUGGAAAGCCGCCGGACAAGGACAGAUGAUGCCGAUGGGGAUGCUACCGACAUUCGAGGAGCCGCUUCCCAAGGGGAGGUUUCCGGUGAAGAUUCGCAUCAAAGAUCCUGACCCUUUGCUCGCGGCAGGGGUGCAGGGGGCUGUGGCCAUUUACACCGGCGAGGGGAACAGUUUCUCGAUUCUGCGACGUAUUGAGAUCCGUAGUUACAGCUAUGGCAACUACCUGUAUCCGAUGCCGAAUGUUAUGGCAGCGAUUGCAGCUCUCAUCGCCGGCGUUUUGGUUGUAGUCACCGUCGCCAUUCACCUCUUCACCCUCCGCGGCCUGAGCAAGUUCAUCCGUAGGUUGAAGAACACGCCUGUGCUUGCCAUGGGGUUCUCGAUGGUGGCCGCGAUCGCGGUGCAUCUUUUUGAGAUAUUCAUUUUCGCAAUUGUCCUGAUGGGGAUGAGCUUCGAAGACAGGUUCGGAAGUCUCACGGGCAAGGUGGAUGACUCGCUGCGAGACUACUUCUACUACUCCGCUUUAGCGUACACCUCGCUUGGGUUUGGAGAUGUUUCCCCCCAGGGCUCACUUCGCUCGGUGGCCGCCGUGGAAGCGAUAACGGGGUUAGUGCUCAUUGCCUGGACGGCUUCCUUUGCAUUUCUGGCGAUGCAGGAGCUGUGGGGUGAGAAAGACUCUCAGAACUAG